AUGGCUCCCAUCGACGUGGAGAAGGCUAUCGAGGAGCUCACACUGGGUGAGAAGGUAGCCCUCACAGCUGGACGCGACUUCUGGCAUACAGUACCCAUCCCGCGCCUGAAUAUUCCCGCGCUGCGCAUGUCAGAUGGCCCGAAUGGUGUCCGAGGUACCCGGUUCUUCAACGGCAUCCCCGCCGCCUGUUUCCCAUGUGCCACCGCCCUCGGCGCAACCUGGGACGCCGAGCUGCUGUCAGAGAUCGGUACACUAAUGGGCGAUGAAGCGAUUGCCAAGGGUGUACAUAUCGUUCUGGGUCCCACAAUCAACAUUCAGCGAUCGCCGCUCGGUGGUCGCGGAUUUGAGUCUUUCUCCGAAGACGGUGUCCUCUCCGGUACUCUUGCGGGGUAUCUCUGCAAGAGUAUGCAGGAUAAGGGUGUCGCAGCGACCCUGAAGCACUUUGUUUGUAAUGACCAGGAACACGAGCGAAUGGCUGUGAACAGCAUCAUCACACAACGAGCCCUGCGCGAGAUUUACCUGCUUCCUUUCCAGCUGGCUAUGCGGAUCUGCCGGUCUGCGUGUAUUAUGACUGCUUACAAUAAGGUCAACGGUACACAUGUUAGCGAAAACGAAUUUCUGAUUACUGAUGUUCUGCGGAAAGAGUGGGGAUGGGACGGUUUGGUUAUGAGUGACUGGUUCGGUACUUAUAGUACCUCUGACGCGAUUAAUGCCGGUCUCGAUAUUGAGAUGCCGGGGAAGACCCGCUGGCGUGGAGAGGCUCUUGCACACGCUGUUUCCUCCAACAAGGUAGCCCAAUUCAAACUUGAUGAGCGUGUGCGCAACGUCUUGAAUCUGGUAAACUGGGUAGAGCCCUUGGGUAUCCCAGAAGGGGCAGAAGAGAUCGCAUUGAACCGACCCGAAGAUCAAGCAUUGAUGCGUCGUGCGGCAGCGGAGUCUGUAGUCCUAUUAAAGAAUGAGGGUGCCCCCUUGCCAUUGAAGAAGGAUGGGUCGCUACUUGUUAUUGGCCCUAACGCCAAGCAAGCUGCCUACUGUGGUGGCGGCUCGGCUUCCCUGGCGCCUUACUAUACUGUGACUCCCUUUGAUGGCGUCUCAGCGAAGAGCAAUGGCGAUGUGAAAUUCUCUCAGGGUGUCUACUCCCACAAGGAACUGCCCCUCCUCGGUCCCCUCAUGAAGACUGAAGAUGGCAAGACUGGUUUCACUUUCAAGGUUUACAACGAGCACCCAAGUUCUGGUACAGAGCGCACGGUGGUGGAUGAGCUACAGCUCAUUUAUUCGCUUGGGUUCUUGAUGGACUAUGUGAACCCCAAGAUCAAAUCCUUGACUUACUAUGUCGAUAUGGAAGGAUAUUUCACACCUGAGGAGAGCGGACUAUAUGAAUUCGGUGUAACAGUCGUCGGUACUGGCCGCCUGCUUAUCGAUGGUGAGAUUGUGGUGGACAACACCAAGAACCAGAAGCAGGGUUCUGCCUUCUUUGGUACAGCCACUAUCGAGGAGCGCGGUGAAAAGGAGCUCAAGGCCGGUCAGACUUACAAAGUCGUAUUCGAGUUUGGUACUGCACCCACUUCCGAUCUUGACACCCGUGGAAUCGUGGCAUUUGGUGCUGGCGGCUUCCGUUUCGGUGCUAGCCGUCGCGUUAGCCAGGAAGAUCUGAUCUCCGCUGCUGUUGAGCAAGCAAAGACAGCCGAGCAGGUUGUUAUCUUUGCAGGUCUCACAAGUGAGUGGGAAACUGAGGGCUAUGACCGUGACCACAUGGAUCUGCCCCCGGGCAGUGACGAGCUAAUCACUCGCGUGUUGGCUGCUAACCCGAAUGCCAUUGUGGUGAUCCAAUCCGGCACACCCGUGACCAUGCCAUGGGUAAAUGACGCCCGCGCCGUGGUGCAAGCCUGGUUCGGCGGUAAUGAGUGUGGCAAUGGGAUUGCAGAUGUGCUCUAUGGCGACGUGAACCCCUCCGCAAAGUUGCCUAUCACAUUCCCACGUCGCCUGCAAGACAAUCCCUCAUAUGUGAACUUUCGCUCUGAGCGCGGUCGUGUCCUUUACGGUGAAGACAUCUACGUAGGCUACCGCUAUUUCGAGAAGAGCGAUCUAGCCCCCGCAUUCCCCUUCGGCCACGGUCUAUCUUACACAACUUUCACCCGAUCGGAUCUGAGCAUCCAGACCGUUCCCGAGGAGGCCAAGUACUCCGAGUCCGGAGAACCCAUCACUGCUGCUGUCACGGUUACCAAUACUGGCUCUAUUGCUGGUGCUGAAGUUGUCCAGCUGUGGGUGGUCCCUCCGAAGACAGAUGUCAACCGCCCUGUUCGUGAGCUCAAGGCUUUCCAGAAGGUCUUCCUCGAGCCCGGCGAAUCCAAGACCUUGCAGCUCACUGUUGAGAAGAAGCUUGCGACAAGCUGGUGGGAUGAGCAGCGCGAGCAAUGGAUUUCCGAGAAGGGUGAAUACGAGGUCUUGAUCACUGGUACUGGUGACGAGGACCUCCGGGGUACAUUUGAGGUUGGCAAGACCAGAUUCUGGCUGGGCCUGUAA